ACCGGUCAGGUCCAGCAAUGAACAGGAGGGGGCGACGGAUGUGGGUCUGAUGACAACAACAACAGUGACCACAUGAACUCAGAUGUUUCAUUGGUUAUACACUUUGAACGGACACUUUUGAACGGACAAUGACUUGUCAGAGGACGUGAGCUCCCUCAGUGACACGACACAAGAUGAACAGGGAAAUCAGGAAAAAAGAAAACCAAAAACGAGGUGGAGACAGAGGACAGUGGUCCAGUAAAACUGAGUAUCUCCUGGUGGUCGCAGGGAAUGUGGUCGGUCUGGGGAACGUGUGGAGGUUUCCUUAUCUCUGCUACAAGAACGGUGGAGGAGCGUUUCUGGUUCCAUACUGUCUGUUUGCCGUGGUGGUCGGGAUUCCUCUGUUCCUGCUGGAGACUGCGAUGGGUCAGUACACCCAGGAAGGAUUCAUCACCUCCUGGAGGAAGCUGUGUCCUCUGGCACAAGGAAUUGGAUAUGGAUACUUCAUGAUGAAGGUUUUUGACUUCAGCUAUGUCCUAGUCCAGGUGUGGGCGCUCUUCUACCUGGUCUGCUCCUUCCAGUCGGAGCUUCCGUGGGCCAACUGUGGCAACACCUGGAACACAGAGAACUGUGUCGGUCUGGAGCCCUACAAUUCCACCAAUCUGACCGUGAGUCUGAACAACACCAGCUCUGCUGCAACUGAAUUCUGGGAACGACGGGCUCUGGGCAUGUCUGCAGGUAUCGAAGAGCUCGGCAGCGUUCGAUGGGAGCUGGCUCUCUGUCUUCUGGUCAGCUGGGUCUGCUGCUACUUCAGCAUUUGGAAAGGCGUCCGAUCAUCUGGCAAGGUAGCCUACUUCACGGCCACGUUCCCAUACGUGAUGCUGUUGAUCCUCCUCAUCAGAGGCCUGACUCUACCAGGAGCGUGGGACGGAGUCGCCUACUACCUGUAUCCAGAGGUGGAGAAGCUGGCCAACCUUGAGGUCUGGAUAGAAGCAGGAUCUCAAAUAUUUUUCUCCUACAGCCUGACCAUAGGAACGCUGAACGUCCUGGGCAGCUACUGUGAAUACAACAACAACUGUUACAAAGACUGUUUCUGGCUGUGUCUGUUGAACAGCGGGACCAGUUUUAUUGCCGGGUUCGUGGUCUUCUCUGUUCUUGGAUUCAUGGCUCAGAAACAGGGCGUGAGCGUAGACAGUGUGGCGGAGUCAGGUCCGGGGUUGGCCUUCAUUGCUUACCCUCAGGCGACAGCCAUGAUGCCGGUCCCGCAGCUCUGGACCGUCUGCUUCUUCCUCAUGCUCAUUCUUUUGACUGUUGACACACAUUUCGUGACAGUGGAGAGUGUCAUCACCUCCGUGAGCGACCUGUUUCCACGGCUGUUCCACGCAGCGGGACGACACGAGAUCUUCGUCCUUGUGAUCUGCACAUCGUUCUUUUUCCUUCAUCUCACCCUCGUCACUGAGGGAGGAAUCUACGUGUUCCAGCUGAUUGAUUAUUACGGCUGUACCAGGGCAUGUCAGGAUUUCAUGGCUGUGUGCCAGUGUGUAGCUAUGGCCUGGAUUUUUGGUGGCGACCGCUUCUCCAACAUUAUUAAGGACAUGACCGGACAGAUGCCGUGUGCUUUCUUUAAAGUUUGCUGGAAAUACAUCAUCCCUCUGCUGUCUCUGAUUUCCUUUGUUUUGUACCUGGUCGAUUAUCAACACCUAAAGAUCAACGACUCGUACGUCUAUCCUGACUGGGCCAAUGCACUGGGGUGGACCAUGACUCUGUCCUCUGUCCUCAUGGUGCCACUGUGGGCAGCAGGACAGAUGUUUGUGACUCCAGGAACUUUUGUACAGGUGAGAAAUAUAACAAGGAGGAGAUGAUUUAAACAGUUCAGGGGAUGUUGAAGGCGACCCAGCACAGAUCCUUGAGGAACUCCACAGUCAUCGACUAUCAAGGUACAAAUCUAGACCCAGGAAGUGGUCUAGGACACUAACUUGUUUCCUGUUU